GGUUACAACUCCACUAUUACCAGAUAAUUCAUAUAAAAACGUUGAAUCAUUCUCCCACAUGAUGAAGAUCCACAAUGAACUCUUAAUCACUGGCUACGGGUUUACAUUUAUUUAUAUCCAGACUUUUUGAGUAUAUCCUGCUGUAUUAUUAAAAGGUAACCUUUCCUUCCUUACCUCAAAGUCUUGGGAAGUAUGGCUUAUCAUCACUAUUUUCUGCCUCAUGGAUACUAUUUCAAGGAUUAUUUCUGAAAAAUGGAUGCUUUUGACACACAAGACUACAGCUCUCUUCACUAUGCUCCGGUGGAUCCCGAUCAUAUUCUGAUUCUUUUCAGCCUAUGAGGUCCCUUUCUUCAGCCUAGAUGCAUUCAAGUUGAUAAAUCUAGUGAUUAUCGGGUUUUCGAAUGGGUAUAUUGGUAACUGCCAGAUCAUGGUGAGUGUGGAUAAAGCUAGUGCUGAAGAGAAAGAAAUCACAGCCAAGUUCUUAUCAGCAUUUAGAAUUUUGGGUGUAUUAGUAGGAAGCCUGGUGUCUUCAUUUGGAAUCGUUCAUAUGUUUUAGAAAUUACACUCGUCAAUUUU